UUUGACUCAUUUUCAAAAUUUUAGCAUAAAUGUCAAAAGAAAAUUCUAGUAAAUUCAGCGGUUUAAUAGAGAAAAAUUGAGAAUUUCUUACAAAGUGUUUGUUUGCGAUAAAUUUAGUAAUACUAAUUGGAAAAUAAUCUAAAGUCCAACAAUGGUAGACUACAGCAAAUGGAAGAACAUUGAAAUUUCAGAUGAUGAGGAUGACACACAUCCCAACAUCGACACUCCUUCGUUGUUCCGUUGGCGUCAUCAGGCCCGUGUCGAACGCAUGGCUGAGAUGGAACGUGAAAAGGACGAGUUCAAAAAGAAGAGGCAAUCAUACCAGGCACGUUUGAUGGAUGUCAAAGAACGCAUACAAAAGAAGGAAGGUGACGAAGCGCAACUGAAGAAAGAGUUGGAGAAAAUUGAAAAGGAGGGUAAAGAAAUCGAUCGUCAAGAGGAGGAUUUGAUUAAUAAAGAGAAGAAAGCUCCUUGGAACGUAGACACAAUUAGCAAACCUGGUUUUGAGAAAACUGUUUUGAAUAAACAAGCUGUAAGGAAACCUGAUGAAAAUCUCACGGAGGAAGAGAAAGAAUCUAAAAUGAAGAAAUUUGUUAAAGAAAAUGAAAAAUUCUGCAAGCAAUAUGGUAUGCUCCGCAAAUACGAUGAUUCCAAACGUUUCCUGCAGGAACAUCUAGAUCUUGUUUGCGAGGAGACUGCGAAUUACCUAGUCAUUUGGUCUAUAAAUUUAGAAAUGGAGGAAAAACACGAACUUAUGGCACAUGUGGCGCAUCAGUGCAUUUGUAUGCAAUAUAUAUUAGAGCUAGCGAAGCAAUUAGAUGUAGAUCCACGUGCCUGUGUUAGUUCGUUCUUCUCUAAAAUCCAAAAUUGCGUGCCAGAAUACAGAGAACAGUUCGAAAGUGAAAUUGAAGGUUUCAAAGCACGUAUAAAGAAACGAGCGCAAGAAAAAAUAAAGGAAGCUUUAGCCGAAGCAGAGGAGGAGGAGAAAGCAGCGCGACUUGGACCUGGUGGUCUGGAUCCCGCAGAAGUCUUUGAAACACUGCCAGAAAGCCUUCAAAAAUGUUUUGAAUCGCGCGAUAUUGAAUUACUACAAAAAACAAUAGCCGAAAUGCCUGUUGAGGAAGCCAAAUACCAUAUGAAACGUUGCGUGGACUCUGGCCUCUGGGUACCAAAUGCGGGAGAUGUCGAAAUUGGCGAAUCCAAGGAGGACCCCAAAACCGAAGAUGUUAAAAGUAAGAGUGAAACUGGUGAUGUUAAAUCGGAUAAAACGGUGGAUGAGCCCAUCUAUACGGGCGUUAGUACAGAUGAUUUGGAUUGAUUGUGCAUUGAAGCCGUGAACUAACACUUUUCUUGAACAAAUGAAUAUAGCACUUUUGAUUGAAAGUGAAUGAGAGUUAGAUAAUACAAAAAAUGUGCAAGAUAUACAAAAAAAACUGCAGAUGUUACAGAAAAUGUUGGUGUUGCCAAAUACAUGCGUACGCACCUUAAUCUA